GUCUUUUUUAGUAUAUAAUUUGCUACAUGAAGCCAACGCUGAGAAAGAUUGGCGAAAUCUCAUAUCACUUAGCAGGAGUACAUGAGGAUGCAGUUAUUAAGGGAUAUUACACCACCCACGUUGUAGCACGCACACCACUGCGGUCAUACAGCACGAAAACAGCAACCAACUACGUGAAAGAUAUUUGAAUAUACAAUCGUCAUAGCUACGAUAAGCGACCAUUGAAAUAUGAAGACAAUAAUAGGAUGCAUAUGAAUUUUUCACGUCCCUUAAUUAAUAAAUUUUGAGCGUCUCGCCUUUCAUUCUAACGAUCAUCACGACAAGUCAAAUAUGGCAGUCUGCGUUAAGGAAUUCGUAUCUCACUGCCCCAGCAGUAGUGAGAGGAAGACUCUAACUGCCAACACAGACAGUUGGUACAAAGCUCCAAAGUGGGCAUUAGGCGUCGCGAUGUGCUUUACAGCUAUACUGAUAGUAGUUAUGAUUAUACAAGCUAUAAAGUACAUAUCGCUCUCAUCAAGACGACUCAUGAAAGGUGGUUCACUCUCAAUUUUCAAUAGGACAGCAGCGAUCUCGCGCGCUUUACACUACCACCGUUUCAGAGUUAGAAGCUACCUUUUACCUUAUACCUUUCCCCUCAUCCUCGUUACCUUUAUGUUCGUUUGGACGACAAUAUGGUGUUUUGCUACUCUGCCAUAUUACCGUGCCGGCACCGAGUGGGGGUCACCACCCCUGGGUGUUCGCGCGGGUUAUAUUGGAACUGCUUUAGUACCCCUGGUGUUCGCUUUAGGUGCUCGUAACAAUCCCAUUACAUUUUUCACUGGUAUCCCUAGUGAGAAACUUCAAAUAUACCACCAAUACGGUGCACGUAUUAUUCUGUUUUUCUCAAUCGUUCACACUAUACCAUUCAUUGUACAGCCUUAUCAACAGGGUUUGCAAUUAGGUGGUUCAAGAGAAGUCGCUAGAUACUUUUUGAAAUACUAUUACGAUCAAACUGAACAAUUCUGGAAUGGUAUCCCUCCAUUUGUCGCCUUGAUUUGGAUCGUCCUUUCAAGUAUGGGAUACUUUAGGAGAUUUUCAUAUGAAUUUUUCGUCAUUCAACACGUUCUGAGCAUUUUAUUCUUCUUAGCUUGGAUGUUCGUUCAUUGUCAAGUAUCUUUGAUGGAUGCUUGGUACUAUCUCUUUGUUUCCGUAGGUGUACUCAUUUGGUCCUGGUUUGGCAGAGUCCUUUGGAGCUUCUGGGCAAAUGAUUUCAAUAUCAAUCAAGCAACUUUGGUUCCACUUUCAGAGGAUGUCACGCGAAUUCGUAUUAUUACACCACUCAGAUGGAAGCCUGCUCAACAUGUUUACAUUCGAUUCCCAACUAUGUUCGUAUUCCAAUCACACCCAUUCACUAUCACAUCUAUACCAUCUUUGGAUGUUCAUAACAAUUCGAACAUCAUGCAGCUGCUGAUAAGAGGCAAAGGUGGUAUUACUAAACGCUUACAUGAGAAAGCAAGAAAUGGUAUUACAUCUAUACCUUGUUUCAUUGAUGGUCCAUAUGGAGGAAUGUUAGCACCACUUGACAAUUACACAAAUGUGUUACUAUUAUCUGGAGGUACUGGUGUCAAUGCUGUUUCCGGUAUUUUGCUUGACCUUAUGCGUAAAAUGGAGCGUGGAGAAACGUUGAUUCAGCAUAUUGACUUUAUUUGGACAAUUAGAUCUAUUUCUUCUAUUGAAUGGUUUAACGAAACAUUCAAAGCUCUUUCAAUGUAUAGUUGCUUUAGCAAUGUGAACAUUGUUGUUCAUGUCACAGGUAGUGAUCCUCAGGAAUCCAUCACAUUAGAGAAAGACGAAUCACGACACUCAAGCGAGUCUGGAAUGUACGACGAGAAGCUGUAUAAUUUCACGAAAGGCAGACCAAACUUGCAAGAUAUUGUUAGGAAAUCUGCAAAUGCAUCACAAGGACGAGACCUUGGAGUUGUUGUCUGUGGUCCUCCUCAAUCGAUGUUCAACUAUGAGGUUAUGAACGAGUGUGCAGCUAUCGAACUCAAGAUAGCUGCGGGUGAUGAAACGCUCCCAAGAAGAUUAUUUGCACAUUCAGAAGCUUUCGAAUGGUAGUUAUAUAUGUAUUUUUUUGGAAUUCUUUGUAUCUUUCUUAUAUCGCAUUACAUCACUACUUUCUACUUAGCC